AGGGUUGUUUUCCAGCACUGCCAACCUUACGCGAUCUCCAUUUUGUGAAAGCUGCCGAGGCCGAGCCGUGUGUCGUCCCCAAGAACCUCAGAAGACACGAACAAAAGAGUCUAAAGCAGCCGACGGACCGCUAGCUGACCAAGUUAUUAUCCGAAAGGAAAGCAAAUCUUAUCGUAUGUCCGCUAUCCAGAACCUCCAAACUUUUGACCCCUUUGCUGAUGCAACUAAGGGUGAUGACCGCCUCCCAGCCGGGACAGAGGACUACAUCCACAUAAGAAUCCAACAGCGGAACGGGAGGAAGACCCUCACCACUGUCCAGGGCAUCUCUGCCGACUAUGACAAGAAGAAGCUAGUCAAGGCCUUCAAGAAGAAAUUUGCCUGCAAUGGGACAGUGAUUGAGCACCCAGAGUAUGGUGAAGUGAUCCAGCUUCAGGGAGACCAGCGCAAGAAUAUCUGCCAGUUCCUCAUUGAGAUUGACUUGGCCAAGGAGGAGCAGCUCAAAGUCCACGGCUUCUAGGAGCUGCUCUCGACCCACCCCCCCUCUCCUCAAAGGCCAUUAAACUCCCCACCCCGCUACAUCUCUACCCCCUCCUAUGUGCUGCUGUUGCUCUUCCUCCCCCCUCCCCUCUUUGCAAUCCCACCAGCUCCUGUUAGCUAACACGUGAAUUACCUCUGAAACAAACAUGGGACUCUGUAACACCACCGCCCCCCUACAACACCAGGGGGCAGGCUCGCUCUCACAAAGACACACCACUGCAGCUCCACACAACAUCAGGGAUGAGUGGUGAUGACCCUCCCACACACUUCCACCUCCUCGUCCCUUUUGUUUAUUUCCUUUUAAAUUUUUUCUUUUAGGUCUCGUGCCACAGUACGGAGGCACAGUCUCAUGUAACGUUUUUGUUUUGUACUCUUAAGGUGUUUCAAUAAAACGAUGAGUCUCCAUAUUUUGGAGUCGAGUGGUGUCAUGGGGAACGGGGUGGGGGCUGGGUGUGCAGGAGGGUCCCAGUGUUUGCAGGUCGGAGGAGGUGCUGAGGAUGUCUGUUAAAAGCAGAAAGGGGUUUCUGUAGUUGGCCAGCUCCAGAUCUUUACCUCCUCUCGUCCUGCCUCAUAAGUUGCCAUUGUUUACAUCCAUCUGAGUGGAGAGCAUUUAAGUGACCAUCUUCACCACCAUCCAGCAGAUUUGGGCUUCUUGUUGGGUGCGUUUUCUUCUCUUUGCCAAUCAAAGUAUCACACUGACUGACGUGAGGCCUGUAAGGAAGGUGGAGUCUGUUCACUGUGAUCAGAUGGCAAAGUUACACCAGGGUGGGAAAUUUAGUCCAAGCUGGUUUCAUUUCUUUUGGGAUUCAUUAGUGAGGGUUUCCUGCUCGGGUCCUCAACCAGCUUUCUGGUUCAGCCCCACAGCAAAUUUGGUACUGAACCUGUGGUUUAUGGACACUUGAAUCUAUUAAUUUCCUGUAAUGCAAUAAUUUAUAAACAAGUUCAGAUGUAGUGAUGCUGAAAUAAUAAUGGUUUAAAACGAACACAAAGCCAUGGCCAGGUCGCACUGUGCUACUGUGAUGGAGAGUGUUUUACAAGUUCCACAUUUGGUUCAAUAAAAUUUCUGCAGUUGAUAA